AUGUCGUCUGUGUGUUGCGCCAAUAGCUGCUCAUUCUUCCAAGAGGAAUAUCGGGGCAGCUACGUACCAAAGGUUAUCGACACUGGAUAUGGUCUCCAGGUUGUGGCGCCGGAUACUCCAUACGUGGCAGCGGCCGGCCCAGACAAGUUAUACUUCAUCGACACCCGGUUUGACCCUGAGACCGCAAAGCACGUGAAGCAACAGAUUGAGAAGGCAGCUGUGCCCAACCCGGAGGAGUACUUCGCCAUAGAUGAGAUUGCGGCUACAGCGGAAAUAAAAAACUCUGUGACCGGCGAAACAACAUUCGUGUUUGAUCCCCCCUAUGCCAGGGUGCUGUUCGCAAAGGGAAUGAACAGGCGCAACCCGGAGCUCAGACUGCCUGAGCAUGAGCCCGCCGGUGAUUGGUUGGUGACCUACGACCUGGACAAUAUACUUAUGAAGCGGGACCAAGCAACCACACCCUGA